AUGUACAGUUGUUGUGCAAAUACCAUAGAAUUUUACAACGAAAUAUGCAUUAUGGGACAGUCAUUUGGAGAAAUUAAAAAAGUUUUUGAACGCAUGUUAGUUAUACCAGUAAGUUCAGCAUCGGCCAAAAGAAGAUUUUCUAGAAUGAAAAGGAUAAAAACUUAUUUACGGACAUCUAUGUCGACUGCACGUCUUCAUAAUUUAUCGUUGAUUUCAAUUGAAGGGGAAUUCAGUUUCGAGUUAAUUGAGGAUCCAACAAAGAUUGUUGAUGAGUUUGCUAAAUUAAAAAAUAGAAGACUUCAAUUCACUAAAUAA